AUGGCUUCUUUUGCUUCAGUUUCUCCAAUCACUGUUGCCACUCUACCUUGCACCAAGGGCAGAAGCAUAACCUGCCAAGCUAAUGGCUUAUCUAGCAUUGGAGGUCCAAUGGUUAAGGGACUAAGACUUGUGCCCAAGAUCAAGAUCACUAGGGCGGCAGAAAGAUCAUUUCCAAUCCCUAGUUGCCUCAAGACUGCAAUCUCAUGUUCCAUUGCUCAACCAGAGACUCUGCUAACUGUCCAAAGCACAAUUGCCAAGCAACUCUCCAUUGAUGAAAGCACUGUGACUCCCGAAACUAAGUUUGUCGAUUUGGGGGCUGAUUCUCUGGACACAGUUGAAAUCUUGAUGGCUUUGGAGGAGAAGUUCGGAGUGUCCGUUGGAGAAGGGGGAGCAGAGAACAUCUCAACCGUUCAAGAUGCUGCUGAUCUGAUUGAGAAAGUGAAAUCAGCUUCAACUUAA